AGACCCAACCCUGCUAUCUUGAACUCUCAUAUCAUUACAUCUGCCCUUGGCAUCCAUGUUCUCACGCAUAUCUCAGAUCACUCGCCAUCUCUCAGUCCCCAUCGCGAACAACACCAGACGAUUUGCUCUUGGACGAAUCAUGGCUCCCGUAUCGGCAGAUGAGCGCAACUCGCGCACUAUUUCUACAGCAGCCUGCUUGAUCAUUGGAGAUGAGGUCCUAGGCGGAAAGACGGUUGAUACCAACUCUGCCUACCUUGCCAAAUGGUGCUUCAACCUCGGAAUUAGCCUCAAACGAAUCGAGGUCAUUGCAGAUGAUGAAAGUGAGAUUAUCGAGGCAGUCCGGAGGAUGAGUGAUGGCUACGAUUUUGUAGUCACAAGUGGUGGAAUUGGACCUACACACGACGACAUCACCUAUCAGUCUAUUGCCACAGCCUUCAACCUACCUCUCAAGCUUCACCAGGAGACCUUUGAGAAGAUGAAGCUUCUUUCAAAGCCUCAUCCCAACCAACCCACGUUCGACUGGGAAGUUGAUUCACCUGCCAGAAGAGCUAAGCUUCGCAUGGCAGAACUGCCAACGGAUGAAUCUAGAGAUCUCAAGAAACAAGUCCUCUUCCCCCAGGAAGACCUCUGGGUUCCCGUGUCAGUUGUGAAUGGAAACAUUCAUAUUCUUCCAGGCGUUCCCAGACUCUUUCAGAGACUUCUCGAAGGACUGAAGUCUCACGUUCUACCCCGACUCAGUGAUCCUGAGGGCAAGGGCACACACAGAGUUCUGUUCUCUACUCCCGUCCCUGAGAGUGGCGUUGCCGAAUUCCUCACAACACUGGCGGCCAAGGUUGAGCCCAAGGGUGUCAAGGUGGGAAGUUACCCUCGUUGGGGUAAAGAGAACAACACCGUAACUCUUGUUGGAAGGGACUUGGACUAUCUCGAGAGUCUCGUUGAGGAAGUGGAAGCUGGUAUCCAGGGCAUGCGAGUCACCGCUGAAAGUGACACGGAAGAAGACCCAAAACAGAUCAAGAAGCAGGCAACCGAAGAUGCGGACAAGGAUACAGCAAAGCAAGUUGCUCAGAAACCUUGAAGAGUCGCGGGUGCUCUCAUACUUUCCAAAUCAGUAGAUUGUUGAUGGAGUGUGAUAGUAACUUCAACGGUUCAACUACAGUUGCAUCAGUUGAGCCGGUCAUGUAGAGUCGCUGUCGGCUAGGCGGCGUGUUUGAUUGAUAUCCCUGGAUAUAUGUAGACACAUGUUAUAGAGUGUUCGGAGUUACAGUUACAUGCAGUC